AUGCCGAGCGCUGCAGUCCCACCAUCUGACGUCACCGUACAAGCGCUGAAUGCUGCCAAGGGCGUUCAGCUGAAGUUCUGGAUCAAGGAGGCCAAUCAAGCUGUGGGGAAGAAGGCCUUGACGAAGACUGGCACUGUGAACGCCCUCAGAACGAAGCUCGCCGAGUUCUAUGGCCUCGACCUUGCAGCUGCCCCUGAGAAACCUGCAGGACCCAUCACCCGUGGACACGACGUUCAGAAGCGGCAGUUUGCCUAUCUGCGCGAGCUCUGGAACGAGUGGAUCUCAAGGCCACACCAUUCCUGCUCUGCUCGACGUCUGCUGGUGAGUUUUUUCUUCGCACUGCCAAAUCCCCUUCCUGAAUCUCCUCUGCUGCCUGCUGUCACGAACGACAGUGUGUAUGCACUGUCGCACCUUGCGCGAUCAGGGGACCAUGAUGCCUUCAUCAUGCUGCUUCGAUUUCGUGCUGUUGUGCAAGCACGUGCAGGUUCCAUCAUCCACCUUGUAAGUCGUUUGUCAGCCUCGUGCAUGUUGACAGAGGCUUCUCCUGCUGCAUUGCCCAUGUCACCUGUCACCACAAGCACUCCACCAACUAUAGCUGCACCUGCUCAGUCCGACGAAGCAGUGCUGUUGGCAGCCUGCAAAGCUGACAUUGCAGUGCUCAAUCGUGCAACUUCGCUGUGUGAUGUCAUUGCACAGGUUGAAGCUGGAGAUGUUGCUCGCAUUCGGCAGCUCUAUGGGCCAUGCACAGGACGUGCAGCAAUCUCACUCUGGCAGUCCAUCAAGUGUACUGUCUGUCGUCGAGAGCGGCUGUACUUGCAGCUUCAGGAUGAGUUCUGUGGUGACAAGGAUCACUUCUUUGGGUUUUUUAGCAUCCAAACAACACCAGAGGUAAAUGGCAAGUCCCUGAAGCGCAAGGCUAAGCGCAAUGCGCCUGUUGAACACCUGCAGCCCUUGCGGAAAGUUGAUGAAGCCAUCAGUCGGAGGGAUAAGAACCUUGCUGAGCUUAUGGUGAGUGAUGAGUACAAUGAUGAGGGUAGGUUCUGUAGUGAAAAGUGGGAAGCAAAGUGGUUGGGCAGGAAUCGGUGGGAGAUAUGGAGGGCAAUUGGAAAGGAGAGAUACUGA